AUGGACAUUAAAAGUUGGUUAAGAACAGUAUUACAACAUUAUCAAGACCCUGAUCGAACUUUUCGAGAUGUGGAUUCUGUACUUCAAACAUAUUUAUCAUUAAAACCCAAGAUGGAUACGUAUACAUCCAAUGAUGGAAAUACACAAUUACUAUUAUGCUUACAUGGUACAGUUCCUAUUACAUAUCGUUCAGUUCCAUACAAUAUACCUGUUGCCUUUUGGAUUCCUAAAGAAUAUCCAAAGGUACCCCCUAUUCCGUAUGUAAAACCAACAGCCAAUAUGUUUAUUAGAGAAGGUAGACAUGUCGACAAAAGUGGUUUAUGUUAUCAUCAUUAUCGAUCAUCAUGGUCCAAUGAUCAGAAACAUACAUUAUUAGAACUUGUUGCUAUUUUACAACAAGUCUUUGCUCAAGAACCUCCUGUUUAUACCAAACCAACUACAAGCAAUUUAGGAUCACCACCACCACCACCACCACCACCGCCACAACAACAACAACAACCAAAAGAAUCACUUUUAGAUAGAGUUUCAAUUCAAAGACAAUCCAUCUCGUCUCUACCCGUUAUGGGUAACAAUAGUCCAGAGGUAUCAAAUUGGAUGGGAGAAAGUACUGCUUUAUAUAAUAUGAAUCAAGGUUUAGCAGUAAGUGGAUUAUAUAUGUAUAUGUAUACAUAA